AUGUACAAAGCUCUACUAGCUUUAUUGAUACUUUGUUCGAUAUGUUGGAUAAUUCAACUACUACCUGUAAUAUCAGUUCCAGUAACUUCACCUGAAAGUAAUAUAUAUUUAUCAAAUUUUCAGAAUUAUACAUUCGGAGUAUUUGGAAUUUGUGAUACAAGAAAUGGGCUUUGUAGUCCACAAAGGAUAGGUUAUCCUCCAACAAAUAGUACAUUCUAUGGAUUUAUUGAAGAAGGGGAUACAGGAGCUGUUAUAUUACCAUCAGACGUCAGGUAUACAAUAUCAAAAUUGUUGGUAGUACAUGUUGUUGCAUUUUGUUUAUCAAGUUUAUUAAUACUAGUUAUACUUUAUUUAUUUGGUCUAGAAAGUCUUGAUAGAUACAAAUUCAACAAGAUCAGAAAACAACACAAAGUAGAUAACGGAUCUGAUCAAUUGAGAAAUGAAAGAGAGGAAGAAGAAAACGGACAUGACGUAACAAACGAUACUGGUGAAAAUGAACCAGCUGAAUUAAAAAGAGAUAAACGAGAUUUGACAUCAUACUUGAAUAUCAUGUUGAUUUUAACAUUUUUCUCAGUGUUGACAAACUUAUUAGCAUUCUUGGCAGACAUUCUUUUGUUUAUUCCAAAUUUGAGUUAUUUAGGCUGGAUACAAUUAAUACCAAUAAUAACAAUGGCUCUAAUUACAUCAAUGCUUUGCUUUAUCAAAAGAUCCAUAUCAAGUAGGAAAUUUUUUGAAAGUUAUGAUCAUCAAUAUGCUAACGACGAUAUAAAAACACUUCGAAAUCGAGCUAUUGAUCAUUCUUGGAAUGAUUCAUCUAGUGAUGAUGGAUUUUAUGUAUAUACAGAUGGAUUUUAUACAAGAAAUGAAGGCGAGCAAGAAGAAAGAGAUAGAAAUUUCUCAACAAAUUCUCUAAGUACAGGAGCUCGACGAAAUAGUAGAAGGACGUUAGAUGAAACACUAUCAGUAAAUUCACAAAGAGAGUCAAUAGAAAUGGACGAAUUGGGUAGGAACAUUUAG